AUGACCUCCGUGCCGUGGAGGCGAAGUAAAGCUGGCAACCUCCCUUACCUUACUUUUAGUGCUUUUAGUCUCGCCAAUGCCUUCAGUCGAGUUAAACUUUCCAGCUACUCUUCUUCUCUUACAGAUGAAGUUAGAGAUUUCGCUUUACCAAACCUUCUUCCAGAAGUCAAAGAUUUGACAACCCUAGUUAGAUUGUUAUAUUGGAAUACAAUAUACUUAGCUAGCUGUGUUUUAGUCCCUCCUAAACCCCUUCACUCCUCUAAACUUCCUAUUCUUACCUACCCGCCUUCUUAUGAUCUAACUGCCUUUCUUCGACUAGUGCUAUCGGUGCACUCCUUGCCUUAA